AUGACCAUGAUUCAAAUCAAGCCGUGCAUGGGCUCGAUAAAUCCAUCUAACAACCCAUUGGGGCCAGUUAUACCUCUCUUGCUAGAUGGGAAGGAAAUCAAUACCGAUGUGACUUACGAUGUCGUUUCACCCACCACCGGCAAAACAAUCUACAAGUCCUCAUCUGCAUCUGUGGAAGAUGCCAAAAGGGCAGUUGAGUCAGCUCAAACCGCAUUUGAAACAUGGUCACAAGUAAAACCCAAUGAUCGAAGAGACAUUCUCUUACGGGUGGGGGAUAUUUUGAUCCGGGAUAAGGAAAUACUACGUAAAAUCGUCAACCAGGAGACUGGGGAGGUUGAUUCAAUGUUCGACUUUGAAUUCGGUCUAGCUAUACAAGCUUGUAAAUCUGUUGCCGGCUUGAUUUCUGCUGUCCGUGGUUCGGUUCCCACAGUGUGUGACGAGGGGAAGUCUGCUAUGGUCCUCCGGGAGCCGUUUGGGGUUGUUCUUUCGAUUGCGCCCUGGAAUGCACCGUAUAUUCUCGGUUUUCGAUCAUGUUUAGGCCCUUUGGCAAUGGGCAAUACAGUCAUAUUGAAGGGUUCUGAAUUCAGUCCGGGUGUCUACUACAAAAUUGCUAGUAUCUUACACGAAGCUGGGAUUCCAAGGGGAUGCCUCAAUACAAUUAUCCAUCGACCGCAAGAUGCUGCAGCGGUUACCUCAGCGCUUAUCGAAUCUCCUGGUAUUCGCAAAAUUAACUUUACCGGUAGCGCACAUGUUGGCGGUAUUAUCGCCAGUCAAGCGGCCAGACUCCUCAAGCCUACUCUUAUGGAACUAGGCGGCAAGACGCCAACUAUUGUUUGCGAAGACGCCAAUCUCCAAGAAGCUGCUAUGGGUGCAACCCGUGGAUCUUUUAUAAAUUCUGGUCAGGUUUGCAUGUGCACCGAACGCAUUAUUGUGCACGCUGCUGUUGCCGACCAGUUCAAGGAGAUAUUCAAGCAGACAAUCGAUCAAGUCUAUGGUAAUCUUAAUGGAUUGCAACUAGUAAAUGGACUGCCAGUUACCAAAAACAAGAAACUUCUCUCAGACGCCAUUUCCAAGGGUGCUCAGGUUGUACAUGGUGACCCCAACCAUAACGCCGCAGUUAAUACAGCUAUGCGCCCGGUGGUGCUUGAGGGCGUGAAGGAAGGAAUGGAAAUCUACUAUACCGAAUCGUUCGGACCGACUGUGUCCUUGUUCACCGUGGAGAAUGAUGAAGAGGCCAUCAAACUUGCCAACGACACGGAGUAUGGUUUGACCGCCUCAGUUUAUACUGAGGACUUGAGACGAGCACUUCGGAUCGCGAAAAAGAUCCAGGCUGGAGCUGUGCAUAUCAACGACAUGAGUGUGCAUGAUGAAAGUAGUCUGCCUCAUGGUGGCUUCAAGAAUAGUGGAUACGGCAGGUUUAAUAGUGUUGAGGGACUGGAAGAAUGGGUUCAGACCAAGACUAUUACGUGGAAGGACUGAACGAUAAGUAUCCAUUCUUAGGUAAGUUAAAGUGGCUGCGUACUUAUAUAAUAGUUUAACGAGCUUCAUAUGAAUCGUC